AUGGACCCUCCCGCGGGCAUCGCCUGCGUCCUGCUCUGCUGCGCGCUCGCCCUGCCCGCCGGCGCCCUGCGGCGCCCCGGGGACAGAGAUCCAAUUCUGAGGAAUAUAGAGGAGUACAGCCUUGUCAUCCCCACCAGCACCGAUUCAGAGGGCAGGUUCCUAUCCCACUUGGUGUCUGGACCGCCAAAAGCCCGCUUCAGGAGGGCUGUGGAGGACUUGCAACGUGAAGCAGCAAAUGAGCAAAUAUUUUACAAUGUCACUGUUUUUGGAAGAGAGCUUCACUUCAGGCUGCGGCCAAACUCCAGGCUCGUGGCCCCCGGAGCAACAGUUGAAUGGCAGGAGGACUCUGAUGAGACUCAUAUUGAACCUCUCUAUGGGAAUUGCCUCUAUGUUGGGGAUAUCACUGAUUUGCCAAAUGCUUCAGUUGCUAUCAGCAAUUGUGAUGGGCUGGCUGGCAUGAUUCGCACAGACAAGGACGAGUUCUUCAUCGAACCUCUAGAGAAGGGGGCCCAGGAGGCGGAGGAGGGAGGAGGCAGAACGCACGUGGUCUAUCGCAGAGCAGCUGCCAAGAAGCAGCUUCCUAUUGAGAGUGCGGAUACCCUGUAUAAAGCGGCUAACCUCACAAACUUGGACAGUCUCGACAGCGCGUUGAGCUUUAUUGAAGACCAGGUGCAUAGAUCAAGACAGCGCCAUCGAAGGCAUGCGACAGAGGAUGACUACAAUAUUGAAGUCCUUCUGGGGGUUGAUGACUCAGUUGUUCAGUUCCAUGGGAAGGAACAUGUUCAGAAGUACCUGCUGACACUGAUGAAUAUUGUUAAUGAAAUUUAUCAUGAUGAGUCCCUGGGUGCUCACAUCAACGUUGUCUUGGUGAGGAUAAUCCUGCUGAGCUACGGCAAAUCUAUGAGUCUGAUAGAGAUUGGGAACCCUUCACAAAGUCUGGAGAAUGUGUGUCGAUGGGCCUACCUGCAGCAGAAACCUGACACUGGGCACGCAGAAUAUCAUGAUCAUGCUAUCUUUCUCACAAGGCAGGAUUUUGGUCCAUCUGGCAUGCAAGGCUACGCUCCAGUCACUGGAAUGUGUCAUCCUGUUCGAAGCUGCACUCUCAACCAUGAAGAUGGUUUUUCAUCUGCAUUUGUGGUGGCUCAUGAAACUGGACAUGUUUUAGGCAUGGAGCACGACGGCCAAGGGAACAGGUGUGGGGAUGAAGUCCGGCUGGGGAGCAUCAUGGCUCCCCUCGUGCAAGCCGCGUUUCAUCGCUUCCAUUGGUCUCGCUGCAGCCAGCAAGAGCUCAACCGAUAUCUCCAUUCCUAUGAUUGUCUGCGCGAUGAUCCCUUCGAACAUGACUGGCCUUCACUUCCUCAGCUGCCAGGAAUUCACUACUCCAUGAAUGAGCAGUGCCGUUUUGAUUUUGGUUUGGGCUACAUGAUGUGCACAGCUUUCCGUACUUUUGAUCCCUGCAAGCAGCUGUGGUGCAGCCACCCAGAGAACCCCUACUUCUGCAAAACAAAGAAAGGGCCUCCGCUGGACGGGACCAUGUGUGCACCAGGAAAGCAUUGCUUCAAAGGUCACUGCAUCUGGCUAACACCAGACAUCCUGAAGCAGGAUGGACACUGGGGAGCAUGGAGUAAGUUUGGCUCCUGUUCUCGCACCUGUGGCACCGGGGUGAAGUAUCGAACACGACAGUGUGACAACCCACAUCCUGCCAACGGAGGCCGCACGUGCGUGGGGCCAAGCUACGAGUUCCAGCUGUGCAACACUCAGGAGUGUCCUAAGGACUUUGAAGACUUCAGAGAGGAACAGUGCCGGCAGUGGGAUCCUUACUUUGAGUACCAGAACACAAAACACCACUGGCUCCCCUAUGAACAUGUUGAUGCUAAGGAAAGGUGCCACCUAUAUUGUGAGUCCAAGGAAACAGGGGAUGUGGUGUAUAUGAAGAAGAUGGUGCACGAUGGGACCCGCUGCUCCUACAAAGACGCCUACAGCAUCUGCGUGCGGGGAGAGUGCUUGAAAGUUGGGUGUGACAGGGUCAUAGGUUCCACGAAGCAGGAAGAUAAGUGUGGUGUUUGUGGAGGAGAUAAUUCUCAUUGCAAAGUGGUGAAAGGAACAUUUUCAAGAGUACCAAAGAAACAAGGGCACAUUAAGAUGUUUGAAAUUCCUGUUGGUGCGAGACAUUUGCUUAUACAGGAAACAGACGCCACCAGUCAUAAUCUCGCAAUUAAAAAUCGUGAAACAGGGAAAUACAUUCUAAGUGAAGACAACUAUGUGCCAGACUCUAAAGUAUUUAUUGACAUGGGUGUGGAGUGGGAGUAUCGGAAUGACGAUGACAGAGAAACCGUACAGACCAUGGGGCCGCUGCGUCAUGGAAUAGUUAUUCUGGUGAUUCCUCACAGUGGUGCCAAGAUAUCUUUGACUUACAAGUACAUGAUCCAUGAGGAUUCCUUGAAUGUAGAUAACAAUAAUGUUUUGGAAGAAGACUCAGUAUCACAUGAGUGGGCUUUGAAGAAAUGGUCCCAAUGUUCAAAACCUUGUGGAGGAGGCUACCAGUUCACAAAGUACGGCUGCCGGAGGAAGACAGACCACAAAAUGGUUCAUCGGAGUUACUGCGAGUUGAUCCAAAAGCCUAAGCCCAUCCGCAGGGUGUGCAACCUCCAGGAGUGCUCCCAGCCCAUAUGGGUUACAGGAGAAUGGGAGCCUUGCAGCAAAAGUUGUGGGAAAACAGGAUAUCAAGUACGAUCUGUCCGAUGCAUCCAACCCCUACAUGAUAAUACAAACCGAUCUGUUCAUACCAAGUACUGCAACAACGACCGUCCGGAAGGCAGGAGGCCUUGCAACCGGGAGCUCUGCCCAGCACAGUGGAGAAUAGGGUCCUGGUCACAGUGCUCUGUCAGCUGUGGCAAUGGCACGCAGGAUCGCCCAGUCCUGUGCCGCACCAGGGACAAUGCUGUUGGUCUUUGUAAAGAAAAUAAACCAGAGACUGUAAGGAUUUGCAGACAACCUCCAUGUCUAAGAAAUGUUUCUGAUCCUUCAAAGAAAACCUACAUGAUACAAUGGCUGUCAAGACCCGAUCCAGACUACCCCAUCCAGAAAAUAUCUUCAAAAGAACAUUGUCAAGGAGACAAGUCAAUGUUCUGUCGCAUGGAGGUUCUCUCUCGUUACUGCUCGAUACCCAGUUACAAUAAGCUGUGCUGCAAGUCCUGCAUUAUAUACAGCAACAUAACAGAGGAAGACAAUGUAACUGAUUCUAACAUAAAUAAGAAUAAUGUCAUUGAGGAGGAGCUCCUGACAACCCUCAGCCCUCCCAUGGGAGUGUCCACCACACAGUCUGCCACCAGCCCUCCUCGUGUUUCCAAAACACGUGCACCUCCUUCCAAUGCAACUGAGGAGCACCCAGAAAUCAAUGCGGUUGAUGUUCCCUAUAAAAUCGAUGGGCUGGAUAAUGAAGUAUCACAGCACAACAUCAUUACACGGAGGAGGAUACCUUAUGAAAGGACGAGGAAUCAAAGAAUUCAGGAGCUGAUUGCUGAGAAAAGGAAAAAAGAGACUCUUAGAAAAAUAAACUAAAAUGGAAACACGGCUCAAACAACGUUUUUCUCUUAUAGAGAUGUUACCAACUUCAUAGUAUUGCCCAUGUCACAGAGACUGAAAAUGGGGAAAAAUCAAAGUGGUGCUACGGCAGAGAUGCCAAGUUCUAAAGCCUACUAUACAUGGAAAUGACAGAUUGUUUUGAAAGUGCUAAUCUGAAGUCUUUGACAGCCAGGUUGUCAGGGUAGGGUAGAGUAUUAGUGCAAUAUAGUGACAGUGUUUCACUGAAUCCAAACAAACCCUAAUACCUAGGGCAGGUUAGCAGGUUUCUUGUUUUAUGGGCUUUUCAAACUCUUCUAUGCCUGUGUAAAACUGCUUGGGAAUAGUAAUGGGAGUUACACUUAGGGUGGUGGAAAACAGUCCCAAGAUAUAAUAAAUCCCUUGAACACUGACAAGCAGGUGCCAGCAAUCCUGUGAUGUUUUUGUGCAUUGCAUAAAUCUGGGCACUAACUCAGCCCCUGGUUUGGGAAGGUCCUUAAGGACAUGCCAGACUAAGUUUAGUUGACUUUGGUAGAGCAGCUGCACAGCGAGGCAUGUGCUUUUGUAGCUUUCUUAGCCGGGACUGGGUAAAAAAUGAUAUAGAAAAUUCUGUAGACGUAUAUUUAUGUGUAAAUUAAAACCUGGCAAACAGUAGUUUACAUAUUUCCAUAAACAAUUUCAAAGGAUUCUCCUAAACUUCCGAAUACCUGCAAGACAUUUAGUAGAGUAGAUCCGGCCAACUUGGACUGACAACAUCGUAGUCUUUCUGUUUACAAUUAUCCAUAUUUUUUAGAGUCUUUAAGUUCCUGUAACACAACAGCCUCAGUGAUCUUUGUUGGUUGGUGCUUUUUUUAUUGGUUUGAUUUUUUGUCUACCCACGUACCGUUUAACUUAAAGAUGACUGGAUUCUUGUUGUCUUGUCUUUGGUGCUUUGUUAAGAAAACUUUUUUUUUCCUCCCAUAGGAUGAGGGGUUUUUUUGAGGAAAUAAUUUUGUAUUCUCUUCCUUUCCUUAAGACAGCUUUAUUGGUGCAAAAGUGAGCAAUUGUUUGCUGUGCCUUUACAUCUACACAUACAUCCAUGCACAUCCACACAUGUACUCACAGUACCAGGUCUGCUAGAAACUUAAAGAUGUAUAACCUGAUAGCCCUUUGAGUACUUCCUUUCCCCUCAGGGUCAUCGUGGUUUUCAUAGGUCCUGAUUGGAGAUCAGAAGAUGAAGUCAGCUUGGCUGUAAUACCACAGAGAUGAGAAGCAUGAACUAAUUCCUGCUGUGAGUGGCAUCUAAGCAGUUUUAGUCCUGUCUCCUGGCUUGGACUCUUGCAUUUGUUUCCUCUUUGCUGGUAAACCUCCUGCAGAACCCAGGGCUUCCCUGAAAUCCUUCCUUUACCACUAGGAAGAUCUGAUGGCUCUUAGUUCAGAUUUUCCAGUCUGAGAGCAAGAUUUCAUCCUCCAGCCUGAGUUGGUUGUAGUUUGAAGCAGGGCCAAUAAUAAGCCUCUAUGUACAGUCAUGUAAUUAUUGGAAAUGUGCAGAGUUUCCAGCAAUGCAUAAGCUCUUCUGUGACCCAGUUUCUGGCAAAGAGCUUCAGAAAUACUGCAAGGUGAACCACACAUGGCUUCCUGCAACCCUGCCUUCUGCCCUUGACCACCAUGACUGAAUGAGCUGCCUGGUCUCCUCUCUAAAACCAGAAAGUCCUGCUCGAAGGGAGGGGAGAGCCUGCGAGAACAGUGGUCUUUUCAGCACUGAGAGAGACGUUGAACUGUUCUGGCCUGUACUGUGGCCAGAAGUCUUUGAAGGAUGAGACAUGGUUUAAGAAAAUACUUUAUAAAGAUAGUAGACCAAGCAGAGAGAGAGAUGUUUUCAACUGGUGUGAUGGCAUCAAGCGUGCCUUCUUACAGAGGACUGGGACGAUACACUUGCGUGAGUGUGUAGGAGCAGCUCAGCGAGUACAGGGAUGAGAGUUACACUGAAGACCACGAAGACCAGGAAGCUUCAACAGGCCUGGUAAAUGUUCAGAGCACUAGGGAACACCUCCUGGGCCAAGCAGAUGUGAAAGCAGCAGCCAAUGUAAGCAAGAAAGUAAUCAGUUCUGGUUCUGAAAAGCAAAACUAAAUCUCCGCAGUUUGGCAGCAUUGAGCAGCAGUUGUCUGGGGCAGCAGCGGGAGCCUCACCCCAGACUUUAGCUCAUGAGACACUAAGAUUUUCCUGCAGUUGUAAGUUGCUUAUCUUUGGUUGCCCACUUGGUAGCCUUCUUUCAUUGCAGCCUUGCUGCACAGCCUGCCUGCUGUUACAGAGCCACCAUGCACAGGCAAGCCCAAUGCUGGCCCUAGAAGCCUUGUGCCAAGAGAUUUGGGGUUGCCUACAGACAGGUCAGGUUUUAGUAACAGUGUAAGGUCAGGUCACAUCUGUGCAAAACAGACCAAUGUGGCAGUGAGCACUGAAAGGAAAAUAAGCAACCCACCGUGCUAUUUAUAAGCAAGGAAGAUGUGUCUAAAUCAGCAUCAUUCCAUCUGCUGUGCCAUGGCAUGGCAGACACAAGCUGUAGCUGGACUCCCAGCCUGUAGACAGGGUGAGUAUUUCUUGCCUUCCAUGUUUCCUUAACACAGAUGUGGUUUGUGUAAAACUCAUCUUUUCCUCUUCAGGUUAUUACCCUUCUUCUAGCUCUGUGGACAAUAAAAAUAAACCACACCCCCCAGCUUUUUCAUAGCCUAGAAGCACAUCCAAGCGUGUGGUAAACUUAGGAAAAAAACCCUCACGAACCCAGGGGCAGAGACGAGUUGGGACUUGAAGCUAUUCAGUGAGGAGGUAUAAAUUUGCUGCCUGGAGGGUACCAGCCUUACUCUCUGGGACUUUGUGGAGACCUAUUUCUCCGAUCUCCAGGAGAUAACCCAUCUAAUAGCUUCUGUUCUUCCUUUACUUCUGGAAUAGGCUUAGUCAGUUCGACAAUAUAAAGAAAUGCCCCAAGAGGGAGUGCCCACAGUUUAAAUGCUGUCUUACAAACAGUCUGUUCUGUCCAAAGAACUUCUACAUUGUGUCCCAAGAGCAAGUGGGACAGAAUUUUUUUUGGUGCUACUUUAGGUGACUUUUCUGCAAACAGCAGAAGGAAAGGCCUGUUACAGUGUGGUGACCCAGAGUUUUAAAAGGACUGUGUGGUUCUGUGCUGAGCGUUACCAGCUGUGUCUCCCAGUGGCCAAGACUGCUGCAAGCAGGACAAGGCCAAUUCACAGAGGUUCACUUGCUCACAUGCAGCAUGGACGCCCUGGCUGAACUUGCAAAGCUGGUUCAGAGCUCAGAAGGUUGACUGCUUUGUUCUUUCUCUAGAGUGAUUUAGUUCACAAUUAAACAAACCACAAGCAUUUUUCCAGAUAAGGUAGAAACUUCUGCUGCAUCUUAGAGCAGGAGCAGUGUCCAGAAGGCUCGUAUGGUGCUAUGCUAGGUCUGGCUUUCAUUAGGGACUUAAGGCAAUGCCCUGUGGCAUUGCUUCAUUUUCAGUCUCACCUUUUGGGACAUUUAGUUCGAUUUCUUUCUUUCUGGGUUUAAUUCUACUGAAUAUUUGUCUAGCUGUUAUUUAGGGAACACUGAAAUGAUUUUGAAGGAGCAGCUUCAGCCUAGAUGGCUCAAGACAGUGAGAUACUGAUGGAUACAGGCUGGUCCAUCUCCUUGUGGAGCAGAGCCACCAGCUGCCUUCUCCUUGUGGUCUUGCUGUAUAAGGGAAAAAGAAUUCUCUUCAGCCCAGGGAAGAUGCCUUCUUUUCAAGCUGACCUGAGUUUUUCAGGAGGUGGGUUUUUUCAGCAGUUCUCCGUGAAGGUUUUUUCCUAGGAACACGUACCUCACUUCUACUAGGAAACAAAGAAAAGCAGCCCAAGCCAAUAGCUGGGGUUUUGUUCACUUUCCAUGUCAUGCAGUGGAAAUUUUGGUCAUCUUUUUUCAUUGGUUGAACUUUGACCACUGUUUCCUCUUUUCUGCAAUGCUGUAGCUGGGCAGGAGCCUCAUCAUAGUGUGUCCUCUGUAACCAUUUUGCUGUUGCCCAGGUACUGCAUUUUGAGACAUAAUUAGCAGAGAGUGGUAUUUUAAUGUAACAUAACCCCCAGAAACUAAAGCAGAUUUGUAAGUAAAUAUAGUCCUGCAGAGACCACCUCAGAGAUCUGAGAGCUAAAGCAAUGUGCUCCCAUUGAGCAAUGCAUUUUGUGAUAUAACUACGCAAGUACACAACUUUCUAAAUUGUCGUUUUGUUGUUGGCCUGAAGUUUAAACCCAAAUGACAGCCCCUCACAAAAAAAAUAAAAAAGAUCCCAAACCAAUUCUGGUUCCUUUGGCUCCAAUCUACUGCCAUUUUUUUCACCAACAUUCCUUUAAAAUAGUCUGUAAUCUACUAUGAAUGCAUCACUUUUUAUAUGCAUAUAUCCAUUCACUAUUUAGAGGAUCACAACAUCUCCAUAGAAUGCUUUCAGAUAUGUUGAAAAUUCUAGAAAUGGUGCUUUACCAGUACUCAAAGGGUUUUGUGUUUUAUUUUAUUACAUAAUGCAUUUAAUGUCUUAUUUACUCACCUACAAUGUGCAGUAUUAGCUAUGUUCAUCUGAAUAUCUAUAUGCGACUUCCGAUCACUUACAUAUGCCUUAACAGAAAUUGCA